AUGAAAGAGGUAAAACUGAAGAUAAAACUAGAAGAAAUACGAAAAGCAUGCGAACUUGCCAUACAAAGAGCAACCAUCAAAGGUGCUAGUGGAAAAGACAAUGUGGAUAUACUAAAGCGUAUAUUUGACAGGAAUAUAGAAAUUGAAGGCCCGUGCACUGAUAAAGAAAGAGAAGGCAUUGAAAACACAAUUAAAAACAAUGCAUGUCUAUACUUUACAUACAAUACAUAUGGAACAAGAAUUAUGGAUUAUGUAAGUAGUGCAUUAGAGUCCAAAGAUGAAUUAUCAAUUAGAUAUUGGUAUAUCUCUUUGUUUAAUGAAAUUAUAAAGCCAAACUUACUUAUAUACAGUCCAGAGCACGGAAUACACAUACAGGUUGACAAGAGCAGAGCGUUAGAUAAUAUAGGCAUAGCUAGUAGUAAUCCUGAUCUAAGCACUCGAGAAUACACUCUGCAGCUUGAUGAUGCAAAGCUUCUGAGCUUAGAAAGCACACUUCACGUUACUGACAAAAGCCUGGAAAGAGAGUCUCUCCUAUACAUUGCUGAGUCAAUAGCCUCAAUGAAACUGGAUGUUUUAAAAAAAUAUUCAUCAGAAAAAGCACAGUACUCUGUCAAUAGACUAUACACUAAAAAAUACGAAAAUACUUCUGUGCCAUUGGUAGACUACGGACUGAAUCUUAUCCACGAAAAGUAUCAUGAGGUCAAAGAGUUAGUUGAGGAAAUUAAAGGCUUAGAAUAUGACGAUGGUAUAUUACUAGUAGAUACAAAACUUGAAAAAAUAUUUACUAAAGAAGAAGAUGUUGAAUUAGUCCUUUCCGUCAUUAGCAAUAUAGAAAGAAUAAAAAAUGAAAAGACUACGCAAAAAGGUAUAAUUGACACAGUAGAAUACAUGGCAAACAACACAGAGCUCUUGAAAGAGAGAGAAAACGAACCGAAUACUCUGAAGAUAAACACAGACCUGAGCAAUUUUAAAGAAGACUAUAUAGUAAAGACGGGCUUAAAAAACAUAGUGUUUGAAAAAAAAGAUAAAAUAUCUAAAGAAAUAGAAGGAAAAAAAGAAAAUCUAGAAGUAAGGAAAAAAAACAUGAACAAGCAAUAA